ACAAUUUGAGAGCGAAACAGUCAAGUGAACGGGCACACAGCCAGUACUUAAAGAGUGUCCUUCCCCCUAGAGACAUGGCAGAGGCCAGAGCUGUUGUUGGUCAGUGGGCUAAAAAACAUGACAAAUUGGGAAAUGCUAGCCGUCGGUUGCUUCGUCAGAGUAUGGAUGCCACUUUCAGUCCUGUGACAUCACCCAGAGGAUCAAUGAGAAGGUCACCAAGCAAGGUCAGUCAUGCUAGAUCUAGGCAGGAUAGGGUGGAAAAGGCUGCGAGAUCAGCAAAUGGGCCAGUGGAGUCACAGGCUGUAGAAUCCGGCAUCAUUAUCCUCAGUGACUCAGAAGAUUUAGAUGAAGAAAGUCAGAUGGAAUUGGCCAUUAUGUUGAGUUUGAGUGAGUCCUCAAAUCCAUCGCCAGCAAUGGACGCAAACAGAAAUCUGACUGGGAACUUGGGAUGUCCAGGGAGCUCCAGGGAUGUAAACUCUGUCGCAGCCAGAGACCAGAGCUCUUCAUCAGCAGUGCCAGGUCAGGAAGGAAAGGAAAAUCAGACUUUUCGUUGUAGCAUACUGAACUGUGAAGCGAUCUUCUCCUCAGAAAGUGGCCUUGCUGCACAUUACGCAGGGCUAUGCCAUUCACCAUGUAACCCGUGUCUUCUUCUCCAGGAUUUGAAACCCCCAAACCAGGUCCUGGCGUACACAUGUCCCCAGUGUGGCCGGCAGUUCAAGGAUGAAUCCAAAUGCAGUGAUCAUAUGAGCAGAAGGAACCAUAGGCCAUUCAUUCCAAGUUUGGCAGUGUGUGGGUACAUGUGUCCUCAGUGUUUAGCAACGUUUUCUGACCACAACACUUGUCAGGAACAUAUGGAGACGUUUCAUCACACAGACAUCACCUAUUCAUUUGAAGAUGACAUGCAGUGUUUGCCGCCAACUCCGGUGCCUGUAUCUCUGGGUUUUCUGCAGGAUUUCAUCACAGAGUGCAGUAAAGUGGAGUCCUCUCUGUUUUGCAUUGACUGUUGCGCAGCUGUUGAGUGUAAUCAGUGUGAAUCUCACAGAGAGAGUAAUCCUGCCCACAUUGUGUCAUCUUCCGCGUCAAGAUCACUGUCUGAGGUGUUCAUGGAGUAUCUAAACUCAAGCCAGUGUGACCACUGCGGCGUUAUACUGUCCAGUCAUGAAGGGGCAUUAGGUGAUGUGCACACCUGUGUGGAGGGACAUGUGGGCAAGCUGAGAGAAACUAAAGUACGGACAUUUGCGGAGUUUGUUCGGCUCAUGGGGGUGAAGUUUCGCAUCCAAUCUGUGGGCGAGCUGGUUACCUUAUCAGCCAGUUUUAACUCUAGCCAGACGAGUUUAGUUGACAGUAUGAAGAAUUGUAGCGUUAUGUCCAUUGAGAUACUGUCAGCUUCGUGUAGUGACGAGAACACAGUCAGAGAUGACGUUGUGAUCGACAGUCCGGAUGUUCGCACCACAAAGCUGUGCAAAAAGAGACGGCGAAGCUCUGUGAUUUGUCUUGACAGUCCAGAAACUGGGUACAAGCCAAAAAGAAACAGGAGAGCAGCUGAAACUGUUGCUAGACCUUUAUUUGGUAGGAAUUCAAAAAACAAUAAAAGAAAGAGGAGGAAGUCCCCUGAUUGUAGAACUGUUACCGAUUUAGUGGAAACGGUGUCCAUAGAACAGGAAAAAGGUCCUGUGAAAGGUGCACCCCUGUCUGUGGAUGAUAAAGGUGGAGGGAUGUCAAGGUCUUCCCUUCCAACUGAAACAGCUUUGGCGUGUCAUGCUGCUCAUGUAGGCACUGGGACAAGUGAAACAAACCCAAGUCCAUUUUCCACUCUUCAACCUCUUACCUCUCAACCAGCCACUGGCACAAGUGAAGCAAAACCCAAAUCCAUUUUCCAUUCCCCCACCUCCUAUUUCUCGACCAGGCACUGGCAUAAACGAAUGGAACCGCAAUCCGCUUUCCAUUCCCCCACCAUCUAUUUCUCAACCAGGCACUGACACAAAUGUAAGGAACCAAAAUUCAUUUUCCAUUCGCCCACCUCUUACUUCUCGAUCAGACACUGGCACAAAUGGAACGAACCCAAGCCCACAUACCAUUCAACGACCUCCUACUUCUCGACCGCCUCCACAACAGUUUCGCUG